CAUUCCGAAUUCAAUAUGGCGGUGUCUAUAUAUCGUACCUCUUGUUUACACGUUCUCUGUAGAAAGGGUUUACGUUGCCACCACUUGUGGGAAUGCCUGUAAUGGCGCAGCAAUCCGUGGUGACUUUUAUCUUUCUAUUUGUUAUAUAGUAUCCUAUUACAGAUAUGAAUUUCGGAAAGAUGAAUAAACUGUCGCGACCAAGUUCCAGAAUGACGACCGUUUCACAGAACAGCUUUGAAAGUGACAAUGUCUUCGGUGACUUUGAUGAUGACAACAAAAACAAUAAGAGAGUUAAUCGCAACAUGAGCGAGAAGAAGAGGCGUGACCAGUUCAAUGUGCUGGUCAACGAGUUGUGCUCUAUGGUUUCUACGACCAACAAGAAAAUGGACAAAUCCACGGUCCUGAAGUCCACCAUUGCUUACCUAAAAAAUUACCAAGAGACAGAGGAGCAGGCACAGGCAAACGAGAUCAAGGAGGACUGGAAGCCAUCAUUUCUGUCCAAUAAUGAGUUUACACAUCUGAUGUUGGAGGCAUUGGACAGCUGUUUGCUUGUGUUCACACAACAAGGGAGUAUCUUGUAUGUGUCAGAAAGUAUAACUUCCCUCCUAGGCCACUUACCUAAUGAUCUGGUCAACAAAUAUGUAUACAGCUAUAUACACGAGAAUGAGAAACAGAAUCUAUACAACAAGUUGUUCCACUUCAGCAUGCUCUCCCCAGAGGAGAUGGAGAACGAGAAGAACCAACUGAAUUUUAGCUGCCAUUUUCAAAGAGGUAGCUUAACAGCAAAAGAAACUGAUGUUUAUGAGUCUGUCACUUUUACUGGAUUCCAGCACUGGAAUGUGGUCACCGACGACGACGACGACUCCCAGUCUAGAGCGCCGACUCCUACCAAUUGUUUUUGUUGCACAGUACGACUGAAGAGCUCCCAAUUCAUAAGGGAGAUGGCGGUUAUUGAUGAAUCUCAGUCCGAAUUUACGUCUCGUCACAGUCUGGAAUGGAAGUUUUUAUUUCUCGAUCAUAGGGCAUCCCCAAUCAUUGGUUAUCUCCCUUUUGAGGUACUCGGCACCUCAGGGUUUGAUUACUAUCAUCCAGACGACCUUGAACCUUUAGUAAAAUGUCAUGAACAGUUGAUGCAGAUUGGGAAGGGGAUGUCCUGUUUCUAUCGGUUUCUCACCAAAGGACAACAGUGGAUUUGGCUGAAAUCACGCUACUACAUCACCUAUCACCAAUGGAACUCCAAACCCGAGUUUAUCGUCUGUACGAAUACGGUUGUUAGCUAUGCCGAUGUUCGUGCCCAUGUGAGAAAAGAAAAUGGUGAGGAAGGUCAAAAUGCUCCAGAGAACAGGAAAAGGACACAGAGUCCAUCAAUGUCAUCUGUGACCUCGGUACUUUCCAGCCACUCGGGUAAGACAUCUGACAAAGACAAUCUGGACAACGCACCACACUCAACAAGUAUCAAAGAUCCCACAGGAUCUGUAACGCCACAGCUACAGCAGUUGCUUCAACAACGUAUCAACCAGCAAAAGGCACUUGAACAGCAGCAACAGUUGUCUACACAGAUUCAACUGCUUCCCCAGCCUAGCUUGGUGACUGGUCUCCUAGCUGGCAAGGUCACCACCUUCACCAACCUUCCAUCUGGCUUGGGGCUCACUCAACAAGUAAAGACACAGUCUGUGCCGUCCCCCCAUUGUAACCUGCCUGUGAUGACUGUCAUCCCCACAAAACAGCCUUCACCGGCUAUCCAGGCUCAGCAGGUACAAAUGACACCUGUCCAGCGUCAACUCCACAGUCAACUGCUACAGAAACACAAGCUCCUGCAGCAGGCUAUCUUGAAGCAGCAGGAAGAGCUACAGCUUAUUAACCAGCAGCUGUCCCUAUUCCCGCAUACGGUGCUGCCGGUUUUCCCUGUCACAGCCUCCAUCGCAUCGGUCACCGCAAUGCCAGGCAUUUUGAUGACAAGCGUACCGGCCCAGUCCACUCAGGCACCACUCACCUUCCAGCCAGCCCUGCACACCCCUGUACAGUCGGCCCUGGACCAACAACAGUACAUUCCGUUGCAGUUCCUUCAGCAGGACAACGAGAUACACUUUUCCAAUGGCACAUCUAGUACUGGUUUCUCACUCACAUGACCCUGCUACACUCCAUAGACUUGUUGCGGUCACAAAAUAAGUUUUGACUACUUAUAUCACUGGGCCAAGUUUUAAGAGGCUUACUGUGUCUCUUGUAUGGUGUAACUUGGGGCUUGCAAGUCAGCUACAGUUUCCCUCACGGACAACGGUAAAGACACUGGUUUCAAAAAAAUGGCAUAGUUAUUGAAUCGUGUUUCACUCCAGUGACCUAUGGAUGUCUGCCCUCUGUGUGAAAAACACUGGGGGUGCUGACUGUAAGGUUAUGAGUGUGACAGUUCCAAAGUGGUUGAGAGGAGAGAAACUUACCUUCACCUGUUAAACCAGUUCAUAGAAUGGUUGGACCAGGCGGAAGACUGUCAACUGCCAGCACAUCGUUAUAACAGUGUGAUUGGUCUCGUGUUGUAACACUAACUUGUGUAAGUGCUGGAGAUCAGUCAAAGUGACGACACACUGGUUGACAUUGACAUCGCACCAGGUACAGCAUCUUAUCAAAGUCGGUUGUGAGAUGAACGUUAAUGUUGUCUUUGCUACCUGGUUGAUAAAGUUCUCAUCUCACGGAUAAGAACAGCGUAUGCAGCAGGGAUAUCGAUGUCACAAUAUAUUUGAAAACCGGUAUAUCACAAUACAUAGGCAUAUUGUAUUGUAUUGCAAUUCAGAUAAGAAAUAUCACUGUAUCGCAAUUUUUGUGUUGUAAAUUCGCCAAUUCCGACACAUUCUAACAGAUAUGCCAAUAAUCAUAAACAGUGUUAUUGGUAGUAGUUGAAAUCAGGUGAAAUUUCAUUAUCAAUGGUUGAUAUUAUAAGAAAAAAGGAAAUAGUUUAAUAUCCAUAUGAUGUAAGAUACGGUUCGAUAAAAUUCUGGCGACAAUUUCUUUUUAGAAAAAACAAUAUAUCGGGAUAGGUAUCGCAAUACACAUUCCUUCUGUAUUGCAAUAUACUAGCGUGAUUCACUGCAGUCAUAUUGUGACAUCCCUAAUAUGCAUUGGUCACUUUGUUGAGUCAAGUACGUAGAAGAAUGAGUGCGAUAGGACUGUCAUCGAAAGUCGGAUGGAAUAUUCCAGUCUGUUCAUAGGAUGAACGUGACAGUUUCCUACUGCAAUCAAUACGUUUAAAACAUGCAUUUUAGUUUUUCUACUGCAAUCAACACAUUUAAAACAUGCAUUUCAGUUUUUCUACUGCAAUCAAUACGUUUAAAACAUGCAUUUUGACCUAGCCUCAACUACUGUUUAACAUGAAUGUCCCCUCAAUGAAGUGUUUAUGAAGUGUUUAUGUGUGUAUGCUUAGUGUAUACAUGGGAUGGCCUACAACCUAUUAGCUGGCCAGGUGUACAUGUGUGUAUGUCUAGUCAUAUAGUGUAUGUGAGGGCUGGCCAACUAUACACAUGUGUAAAUGUCUGGUGUAGGUGAGGUUCCUGGCUUUGCAUUUAUGUAUGUAUGUGAGGUACUCUGGUGUACUUGUAUUUAUGUGUAAUGUAUGUUAGUACGUCACUUGGGCGUUCUGGUGUAAAUGUAGGUAUAUCUAAUGUAUGUAAGUACGUCACUUCGGUGUACCGGUGUAAAUGUAAGUAUAUCUAAUGUAUGUAAGUACGUCACUUCAGCGUACCAGUGUAAAUGUAGGUAUAUCUAGUGUAUGUAAGUAUGUCACUUGGGCAUACCAGUAUAAAUGUAAGUAUAUCUAAUGUAUGUAAGUACGUCACUUCGGCGUACCAGUGUAAAUGUAGGUAUAUCUAAUGUAUGUAAGUUCAUCACGUGGACGUACCGGUGUAAAUGUUAGUAUAUCUAAUGUAUGUUAGUACGUCACUUGGGAGUACUGGUGUAAAUGUAAGUAUAUCUAAUGUAUGUAAGUACGUCACUUCGGCGUACCAGUGUAAAUGUAGAUAUAUCUUAUGUAUGUCGGUACGUCACUUGGGCAUACCAGUGUAAAUGUAGGUAUAUCUAAUGUAUGUAAGUACAUCACGUGGACGUACCAGUGUAAAUGUAAGUAUAUCUUAUGUAUGUCGGUACGUCACUUCGGCGUACCAGUGUAAAUGUAGGUAUAUCUAAUGUAUGUAAGUAUGUCACUUGGGCGUACCAGUAUAAAUGUAGGUAUAUCUAAUGUAUGUAAGUAUGUCACUUGGGCAUACCAGUAUAAAUGUAAGUAUAUCUAAUGUAUGUAAGUACGUCACUUCGGCGUACCAGUAUAAAUGUAGGUAUAUCUAAUGUAUGUAAGUAUGUCACUUGGGCGUACCAGUAUAAAUGUAGGUAUAUCUAAUGUAUGAAAGUACGUCACUUAGGCGUACCGGUGUAAAUGUAAGUAUAUCUAAUGUAUGUAAGUACGUCACUUCGGCGUACAGGUGUAAAUGUAAGUAUAUCUAAUGUAAGUAAGUACGUCACUUCGGCGUACCAGUGUAAAUGUAGGUAUAUCUAAUGUAUGUAAGUAUGUCACUUCGGUGUACAGGUGUAAAUGUUAGUAUAUCUAAUGUAUGUAAGUAUGUCACUUCGGUGUACAUGUGUAAAUGUUAGUAUAUCUAAUGUAUGUAAGUAUGUCACUUCGGCGUACCGGUGUAAAUGUAGGUAUAUCUAAUGUAUGAAAGGAUGUCACUUCGACGUACCGGUGUAAAUGUUAGUAUAUCUAAUGUAUGUAAGUACGUCACUUCGGUGUACAGGUGAAAAUGUAGGUAUAUCUAAGGUAUGUAAGUAUGUCACUUGGACGUACCAGUGUAAAUGUAGGUAUACAUAAAUGUAUCUAAUGUAUGUAAGUAUGUCACUUCGGCAUACCGGUGUAAAUGUAGGUAUAUCUAAUGGAUGUAAGUACGUCACUUCAGCGUACCGGUGUAAAUGUAGGUAUAUCUAAUGUAUGUAAGUAUGUCACUUGGGCAUACCAGUAUAAAUGUAGGUUUAUCUAAUGUAUGAAAGUAUGUCACUGCGGCGUACCGGUGUAAAUGUAAGUAUAUCUAAUAUAUGUAAGUACGUCACUUCGGCGUACCAGUGUAAAUGUAGGUAUAUCUAAUGUAUGUAAGUAUGUCACUUCGGCGUACCAGUAUAAAUGUAGGUAUAUCUAAUGUAUGUAAGUACGUCACUUCGGCGUACCAGUCUAAAUAUAGGUAUAUCUAAUGUAUGUAAGUAUGUCACUUCGGCGUACCAGUAUAAAUGUAAGUAUAUCUAAUGUAUGAAAGUACGUCACUUCGGCAUAACGGUGUAAAUGUAAGUAUAUCUUAUGUAAGUAAGUACGUCACUUCGGCGUACAGGUGUAAAUGUAAGUAUAUCUAAUGUAUGUAAGUACGUCACUUCGGUGUACAGGUGUAGAUGUAAGUAUAUCUAAUGUAAGUAGGUACGUCACUUCGGCGUACCAGUGUAAAUGUAGGUAUAUCUAAUGUAUGUAAGUACGUCACUUCGGUGUACAGGUGUAAAUGUUAGUAUAUCUAAUUUAUGUAAGUAUGUCACUUUCGGCGUACUGGUGUAAAUGUAGGUAUAUCUAAUGUAUGAAAGUAUGUCACUUCGGUGUACCGGUGUAAAUGUUAGUAUAUCUAAUGUAUGUAAGUACGUCACUACGGCGUACCUAUGUGUAUGCCUUGUGAGGGCUGGCCAACUGAAUACUAAUGUGUGUAUAUAUAUAUAUAUAUAUGAUAAAUGAGUCGAACUUAAAAUGUUACCUGGUGCAACAUUUCAUAAUUCUGAUUAAACAUAUAUAUAUAUGUGCUAUUAUGUGAAGUCAAGGGAUAUUGUAAUAAUUACAAUCAUUUGUUGAUAUAUAAUUAUGUUAUUACUAAAUUAUUUAUUUCAAUUAUAAGGAUAAAAAUAUUAUCUCAUUGCUAACACCAACGAGACUGUUAUUUCAUUGUUAAUAUCAUAUUACGAACAUAUGUGCUGUAUGUUUUUAUUAAGUAGUUGAUAGAAAAUGUCCUUUUAAGGUAAAAAGGGUACCAACAAGAUGUAUCAUUACCACUGUCGCUAUUGUGAAUUUUUGUCUAUUAAUCCUUUUCAAAAGAAGUAUUCCAUACAAAAUCACAUGUUGCCAUGCAUUUUACUGAAUUAUUCAAAAUGAGUGUCAAUUUAAAUGUAUUGGCCUCAAAACCUUGAAAGUUUUACAAGGGGAAGUAACUGUAAGUCAGUAAACCUUUGAAUGGAACUCUUCUCCAGGAUUAUAACUGAUUCAGUAGUACCCUUUACCUUAACAAUUCAGUUUUUAAGAAUUAACUAGAAAGAAAAGGAGUUCCAAGUUCUUGCUGUGCAUUUUAUAUUAAAAUACACGGAAUUUGUGAUUCUGGACCUGGCAAAUGAACUUCAAAUAUUGCUCUGCUGCAUUUGUAAAUUCGUAAAUUCUUAGAAGUUUCUAAUGGACUUCCUGCAUAUAUUUGCUCCAUUCCAAAUGAUAUUAAUAUAUUUUUCUUCAAAUUUGGUAUGGUAAAGAAAAAAAAAUAUGUACAAAAUUUUAACAAAAUUUAUAAUUUUUUCUUCUAGCAAAACACUGUUUCAUUUCCUAAUAAUGUAGGCUUUCUAACACUUACAAAAACACUACAUUAUUCCGAAAAGAUUUCAAAUGGCCUAUUUUACUCUCUAUCCAUUGUCAUUAGGGUUGUCUACAAGGUGCUCAUGAUGGCUCUUGUCAUUCUCGGCUACAAACUACAAAGUUCAUUCAAAUCUAUGACAGGUUGAUACAAGACUAUUACCUCUGUUUACUUAAGGUUAUCCGUCAUCAACAUUCAAAGGGUACUCUCUCUUUUACAUUCUGUGCAUUGCUGGAAUUUGUCAUGAAGAAAUUAUAGGCUCUGUAUGUGCUAUCUUGGGGAUGAUACAAGUAGACAAGAUUGAUCCUUUGAUGUACAUUAAAAGAAUCGCAGAGCAAUGUAAUGGUAGGAUUUACAAGCCUGGAAGUCAGAUUUUGCUCCUUUGUCAUCUGUAAUCAAGGGAUACGUAUUGCCUGGAGAAAGGGUGUUUAUUUUUCCACCUGAAAUCAAUCUAAUAACAAACCAUGUGCCUGUGAUUGUAUCAUGAUAAAUAUUCCAGGAGUACAGAGAAUGAAAGAGAACAUAGUCCCUGGAAUUUUGAGGAUGAAAGUUAUCCUAAAUAAUAAUAUUAAUGUUUGGCUGUAAUUAUAUAUUUACAAAUAUUUUGUACAUGUGUGUUUUGUACAUAUGCAUGUGUGUUUUGCAUGUAUGUGUGCAUAGAUAUUUUGUGAUGUACUUUCUAUGUACAAUGCAUGUGUAUAUCUAUGUAAAAGUGUUGUGCGUACAUGAAUUUAUGUAAUGUGUGUGUGUGUAUGUUGGAGAGUUACGUUUAUUUAAUUAAUUAACAAUGAUUAGAGGCAGAACUGGUUAAUAGCUGCAGAUAUUUAGCAGAACCGUAAUUCUGCCUCUUUUCAUUUGGAAGGAAUGAGUGAGUGAGGGGUUUUAUAUCAGAAAAACAUUUUUUGGGCAUUUCACAUCGGCAUUCAGAAACUAAUUUAUUUUGGACAUUUAUAACUAAGAGUUAGAUUAAUUAUAAAUGACAAAUUAAGCUUGUUACAUUUACAUCAAAAAUUGUGAUUCCAGAUUUUUUUUGUAAUUAACUGAAUAUUGUAAAUUAAUGAAGUCUGCUCUGAAUAUAAUCAAAAUUCAGAAGGAAAAAGUCCUGGAGUAUUUAAUUAUUCAAAAUAACCAAUACCUCUACAUUUAAAUGUAGAAGUAUUUGCCGUUUCUGAAGUCAGGCUAACUUGUAAAGUUUAGUGAAGGCCCUUAAGAACUCUGCUAAUGUUUACCAACAAGAAAACAAGAGAAUGCUAAGGUAAGCUCCGUCUCAUAAUGCGAAAACUGAGCACAGCCCUUAUUGUAAUUAAUGAAUAUAUUAGCCAAUCAAAUUGACAUAUCAGUUUUAUAAAUUGUUAUUGAUUGAUGUUAAAAACUAAUUUCCUAUGUGUUAAUUAAUCAAACAAGAGGAUUCUCUGAAAGUUUGUUAUUGAAAUAUCAGUGUCUGACUGUUACUUAUUAUCAAAAAGUGAUAUUGAAUUUCGGAUGAAUUUUUAUCAAAUCAUUUCUAUUUAAGGGUUAAUAUCUAUUCUUGUUAAUUCAAUAUUAUAUUUAUUUUAAUAGUCCAGUUGGAAUUGAAUUUACAUGGUUGUAUAUUUGAAAGAUAUGAUAUUACGGAUGAAAAAUUCUAGUCCUGGAUCUACAAGCUCUUGACUGUGUUGUGUCUCCAUAUGAUUUUUUUUUAAAUUUGUGAACUUUAGAUUUGUAUUCUCCAUGAGGAAGAUAAGGCCAAUUAAAAUGCUUAGAUUUUCCUCAUUUAAAGAAGAGUGAAAUGUAUCCAGUCAAAAUUACAUUUGCUGUGUUGCAAAGACAAUCAUGUACCUUAAGUAAUCAAAACAGAGCAUGUAAGGUACAUACAUAUCUAGAAAAUGUAUGCUCCAUACAGGUAAGUUAGAAUAGAUUUGGUACCUACAGGUAAGCUGGAAUCAGUUUGGUCCAUGCAUGUAAGCUAGAACCAGUUUGGUCCAUACAUGUAAGCUAGAAUCAGUUUGGUCCAUACAUGUAAGCUAGAAUCAGUUUGGUCCAUACAGGUAUUAAGCUGGCAUUUUUAUGGUCCAUACAGGUAAGCUAGGAUAUAUCUGGUCCAUACAGGUAAGUUUAAAUAGGUAUGGUCCAAACAGGUAAACUAGAAUAUCUAUGAUCCGUACUGAUUCACCAUUGGGGCAAGUGCAAUUCAUUGUUGGUUAAAAAGAAAGUGUGUGGUUCAUGGUGUAAUAAAUCACAAUAAAUGUAUAUCUGUUUGUGUGAAUUUGGGAGAAAAAUAAACUGAAUAAAAAAUAUGUUGUGAGUAUUUAUUCGGACAAAUGAGGAACAUGUAGCUGUUGUUUCUUUCACAAAAUUAAAUUCUCGAAAUUAAGUGUGGAGGAAUAAUGAAAAUGACUAAUUGAAAAAAAACAUCAUAUAUGAAUAGUAGAUCAUAUAAUGUAAUAAAAAAAUAAA